UUUUCUUCUUCCUUCUCCUCUUCUUCCUCGUCUUUUUCUCCUACCUCUUCCGGGCAACCCGCCGGCUCCUCGCCCCUCGAACAGGAGAUUCUUCCAAGACCUUUGGUGACCGAUGCCCAGAUUAGACGAACACUUCUGGAGUUGUUCGUGCACGACCAGAGGGAGGCAUAAAAACAACCUGAGUCCUGGCACUACUAAACUGGCUGAGAAAGCGGGAGACAUGCUAACUCCCUCGGUCUCCAGUGCUUCACUGGUACUGGUGGGCCAAGGUGCCAUCAACACUGAAACCACAGAUAGGAACAAGAACUCUAAUACCAAGAGCAACAACAGUAAAGCCCCCAGUAACAGUUGGCACCAUCAUUUGGUGCAGCGAAGUGUUGUGCUUUUUGCAGUUGGAGUCUUCCUAGCCCUGGUCCUCAACUUGCUUCAGAUACAGAGGAAUGUCACCCUUUUCCCAGAAGAAGUUAUAGCCACAAUCUUUUCCUCUGCCUGGUGGGUUCCUCCGUGCUGUGGAACAGCAGCAGCUGUUGUUGGUUUGCUCUAUCCCUGUAUUGACAGUCACCUUGGAGAACCUCACAAGUUUAAGAGAGAGUGGGCCAGUGUAAUGCGAUGCAUAGCAGUUUUUGUUGGUAUUAACCAUGCAAGUGCUAAACUGGAUUUUGCCAAUAAUGUUCAGCUGUCAUUGACUUUAGCAGCUCUGUCUUUGGGCCUUUGGUGGACAUUUGAUCGGUCAAGAAGUGGCCUUGGGCUGGGAAUUACAAUAGCUUUUCUAGCAACUCUGAUCACUCAGUUUCUUGUAUACAAUGGUGUUUAUCAGUAUACAUCUCCUGAUUUUCUCUAUAUCCGUUCUUGGCUCCCAUGUAUUUUUUUCUCAGGAGGAGUAACAGUAGGAAACAUAGGACGACAACUAGCUAUGGGGAUUCCUGAAAAGCCACAUAGUGACUAAAGCCCUCAAACUACAGAUGCCAAUAUUUAAGCAGAGAUGGGAAGAGGAUCUGUGAUACUGGAUUGUGAUGGAAGAUUUUUUUUUUACCCUGGAAAGUCUAUUUAGAUUGGGCCAACUACACAAAUGAUUUGGUGCAGGACCAUAGGGGUGGGGGUGGGGUUAAAGAUGGUGGAACCAAUUUUAAAGUAGCCAAGUGGAAAAAUAACUGCUUAUUUUGACAUUUUACCUCGAUUGACUGCAUAAGCAUUUGUACCUGGCUAUGCCCUCAAAAGAUUUAAUGUUAAAUUGUUGGGGAAGUUCAAAGAGACAGCAGUUUUCUAAGUAUUUGAUUUCAUUUAAGUUAUUGAAACAGUUGCCAUAUUUCAAAGCCUUGAACUAAAAUUUCAUUGCAAAUUAUUCUGUUUUGUAUUUGUGCCCAAAAAAGGUAGAUUGAUGGUGCUUGACAAAGGUGAGGUAUGGGGUAAUAGGAAUAAUAUUUAUCCAGAAGAUUAAAAAUAGGGUUGUGUUUAAAAAAAAAUAGAGGUGAUCCAUGUCGGGUUAUAGCGUUAUCUAAAUGCUUCAGGAAUUGUGCCCUCAUCUUAAUGCUGCAAUAGCGCACAUACACACCCACACACUCAUGUAUAUCAGCAGUAUAUCAACUCUACUUUUUAUCCUAACAGUGAGGUUUUAUGUAGACAAUCUUAUUGGAAGCAAAUGGCAAAGAAAAGUGUCAGUCCUCCAGUGUGUUCUGACAUCUUUACCUCUGUUAAAUUCUCUCUGAGAUUAUAGACAUCCAACAGUGGUAACUGUGGAUCUCUGCCAUUUGCUUCAUUCUAAAUGAGCCGAAAUUAUUUCUGUAUUUCUCUGUUACUAUAGAAUAGAGAUUGCAACUUUUUUCACAGCCCUAUAGGAUUUGCAAUCUGUGAUUGCCUUGUAAAAAGAAGAGUGCAUAUGUCACUGCAUUAAACAUUUGGUGUUUCUAAAUAUCAAUUUUAUUGGUGAGCACAAUGUAUUCAGUUAAUGGCAUAGACCACAUUAGACCUAAUUUGCAAGUAUUGGGUCUUAAACUUAAAGUGCAAUGUAUAUUAAAACCAAUCUGAGCCUUGUACUCUCUUCAAUAUUUAUUCUUUUUUUUCAUAUGAGAUGUUAAAGAGAAGGGUUCAGCAUUCAUUUCAGUACUGCAUGGAGGCAAAAUUCAGCAAUAAUUUCUUUCAGUAGAAAGGAUAUUUUAUUGUUGUGCCUUCCAUUUGAACCCUAAUCCUUUGAGAAACUCCAGUUUUGUGGUUAUGGUAUAGUUGUAAUUUUUACUUACGUGAACUGAUUUUUUUUAUAUUAUGCAAUAUAAGUGUUUGGUUUGUUUCAGAUCUUGUUGAGGUGAUUUUUCACAUCUGACUAAUUGGCUGUCCUUUUAAAUUGAUGUCAACAGAAUGGUAUCUUGGGCUAAUAAAUAGCCUAUGAAUGUGUAUUUGUGUAUAUUUAUGUGGUAGUCCUUUUUUUUUCUCUUUUGAGGAAAAUAUAAAUGCUCUUGGUGCAAAACUCUAGAAAGCUGUAACUGAAAUACUUUAUAGCAAAGUUGCAAAAGUGGGGCAAUUCUCAACUUGCAAAAGAUCUCUUAUAAAUAUUCUAAAAUUGAAAAUGAAUAGUGAUGUGAAAAUGUUUUGUUUUUAAAAUAGAUACUCCUUUCAAAACCAGAAGUAAUUAGCAACAUGCAGUAAUUGAAUAUAUAAAUUUAUACUUGAUCAUGCAUAAGCAGUGUUUAUUUUUCUCAAUUAAACUGGAAAUUAUUCUGUACCUAUUAGAUUCAUUACAGCCAAAAAUGUGAAUCUGAAGUUCAGUUUUUGCCAAUUCUUGUAGCAAGUAAACAAACCAAAGUGAUCUGAGUUUGUAAAAAUUUAUGAGCAAAAUUUGCACUAUUCCGAAUUUGAACUGGAAUGGAAGAUUCACAUUGACACAGAAGUUUUCAACAGUGUGGUGUUUUUUUUUUGCAUUUUUUUUACUAUUAUUUCAAGAACUUAUUAAAAGGUUCAAGACCAA